AUGAGGAUUUUUUUUGGUGCAGUUAAUGGGGAAGCAGUUCCUCAUCAUCUCUUCUACUCGUCUGUGAACAAUGCUCAAGUAUCCGGGCCUUUCAGGACAGAACGCGCUUUUGUUCGAGGAGUGAUCGCGCGAUCGAGAUGGGAAGCCGAAAGAAAUGGAAAAUACUCUUAUCUUGCGGAUUUUUUCGAGGAUCAGUUAUUAGAUGUUCUUGCGGCUGAGGAUCGUAAACCCGUUUUUACGCAUUCGGAUGUUCAGCGGAAGAAUAUUUUGGUGGAGACGAGAAGGAAGUGGAAGUGGAAGUGA